AUGUCAAGUCGCCAACCAAAGGGCCACUACAAGAAGCUUCUGUGGUUCAAGCAACCCUUCCCCGACAAUUACACAGACGAGGCCACUUUUCUUGACCACCUGCAGCGAAAUCCUAGGCUACAGCCCUAUGAGUUCUGGUCGCUCAUGUCCGAUGCAACCGUCAUUGUACAGCAUCUUGCGUCGGUCAUCAUCUUUUGCUGCUGCUUCGUAGCCAUCAUUCACGGUAGGGUGUCACCUGUCGCCGUAGUCGGAUGGGCCAGUAUGUGCACAGUGCUGGCAUGGGUCUUGUGGGAUCACUGGAUGGGCCAGGAGUUCAAGACGGUUGCCAGUGUGUCUUUGACGCCUACGUCAGAGAUAGACGAUGUCGUGCCACAAGCCUCACAAACCCUUUCGCCCAGGGCCAAGCAGCGUCUGGCAACUGCCAAAUCUGCCAUACUCAUCUAUGCGGCUUUGCUUGGGCUCAGUCCAAUUCUCAAGUCGCUCACUCGCUCUACAACGAGUGAUUCAAUAUGGGCCAUAAGCGCGUGGCUAUUGAUGAUGAACGUUGCCUUCUUUGAUUACAGCGCGGGUACAGAUGCACAACUACCAGCUUCGAUAUCUACAAACUCAGCAAUGAUGGCAUCGGCAGUGCUUGCUUCACGCCUGCCAUCUACCACCCAUGUCUUCUCGUUGACCCUAUUCUCUAUUGAGGUAUUCGGUCUCUUCCCAAUAUUCCGUCGUCAACUGCGUGCCAGGUCACCAUGGGGCCAUCUCACGCUGACAAUCACCCUGGUAACAUGCGCAUGGGGCAGUCUUUUCGUUACUCUGACAGGGAACGGCCGCGCCACGUUCAUAGCCGGCGCCAUCCUCGGGGGGAUUCUCACAUUCCUCAGCAUGGGAGUCUGUAGUUGGUGGUUGAUCGGUCUGCAAAAGUACAAGAACGAAAUUCAUGGCCCUUGGGAUCCCGCCAGGCCCAUCAUCCGUCGACACUGGGAUUGA